AUGUCUCCCCCAAUCGUAGCUGCCGAGGGUUCGGCCACGAAGAUCAAGCAAGAGUCUACUUUGGCUAGACUAUUGGGAUCAGGUUCUGCCGGCAUUUCUGAACUGGCCGUCUUCCAUCCAGUCGAUACGAUUGCAAAGCGCUUGAUGAGCAACCACGGAAAGAUUACCUCCGUCUCGCAGUUGAAUACCGUUAUCUUCAAGGAGAAGGCUACCGCGCCCGCUGGCAAGAAGUUCUUCUCUUUAUUCCCAGGACUUGGAUAUGCUGCAGGAUAUAAGGUUCUCCAACGAAUCUACAAGUAUGGCGGGCAACCGUUCAUGCGAGACUAUCUCCAAAGACACCACGGCAGCACUUUCGACAAUACAUUCGGUGCCAAAACUGGAAAGGCAAUGAUGCAUUCAUGCGCAGGAAGUUUGAUCGGUAUUGGCGAGAUUGUCCUCCUUCCCCUGGAUGUCCUUAAGAUCAAACGCCAAACAAAUCCCGAAGCUUUCCGCGGACGAGGCGUUGUCAGGAUUGUGCGGGAUGAGGGUUUUGGGCUGUAUCGUGGUUGGGGUUGGACUGCUGCGAGAAACGCCCCCGGAUCAUUCGCGCUCUUCGGUGGAUCAGCAUUUACCAAGGGAUACCUCUACGGGCUAACGGAUUACAACAAGGCGACAUGGCUUCAGAAUUUCGUUGCCUCGAUCGCAGGUGCCUCGGCGUCCCUCGUCGUCUCAGCCCCUCUAGAUGUUAUCAAGACCCGAAUCCAAAAUAGGAACUUUGACAACCCCAAGAGCGGGUUCCAAAUUGUGGGCACUGCUGAUGACUGGCCCGAAAUUGGUCUUCUCUUUUUGGCUCGCCCAGACCUUGAUCCCGGCCUUCGAUAUUGCGCUGUCUAA